AUGUCCUCUCAACCAGCAAGCUUAUGUGUCCUUUUGAGCACCAAUCCAACUUGGGACCCUCUGCAGCUCAUCGAGCCCAAUGAGAAAGUAUAUGUACUUAUCAGGCAUGACGGAGCUACAGAGACACAAACCAAAGACGAGACCCUUCGAUCACUGCUGGCCGAGAGGUAUACCGCACAGCAGACUUUAGUCACUAGGAAAAGGCUACCGAAGGUGGACUGGUUGGCUCUUUGCGCAGGUCUGUGCUGGGCUAUCUUGUUCCUCAGUGGUUCACCCUGGCUGCCUCCUACGAGCUGGGAGUGGAUAGAUGAGAUCAAUGUCCUAUGGAACAAAGACACCCCAGACUUGCAUUGCCCGGCACUUGCUGGGGAGUUCCAAAGCACGAAGCAGCAUAACCAAGCGCAAUGCCAGAACCCUCAACUUACGCGGAAUUUGCUGUUCACAUUCGGCUCACUCUUGGUCGAGCUUUCUCUCGGUGUUUCCCUUGAAGAUCUUCGCCCCAAGAUUUACGGAAAAGCCCCAGCUGGCUCAACGUUUGGAAACGACGCAACUCUAAACGAGCAGGCCCAGAAGGUCUACGACGAGCUGGGGUACACAUACGGAGAUGCGGUGCAAAGAUGCCUCAAGUGCAGCUUCCCGGGCAGUGACGCCACGCACAGCUUUGAGUACGAGCAAUUCCGGUUGGACUUCUUCAAGGGGGUGGUCGUGCCAGUGCAGGCGACUUAUCAGCACAUGGUGCCCAGAGGUUCUAAAUGUAAAAUUACGGGUUAA